AUGGAACUCAACCGAGAACAUUUUCGCGCUAUAAUUUAUUACAACUUUCAGAGACAAUUAUCGCAACAAGAAUGCCUUGCUGAGUUACUGUCUGAAAACGUCGAUGCUGUGCGCAAACUCAUUAUUGAAGAAAGACAUGUGACAUAUCGCGAGAUUGAGGCAAAAUUAGUUUCUCGUUGGAUACCCCACCUGUUGACUGAAGAGCAGAAAGCAGCCAGGGUUAAUUGGUGUCAAAAAACGCUUGACCGUUUCAAUUUCGGAAACUCAAAAAAUGUGUACAGCAUUGUUAGUGGUGAUGAAUCGUGUGACGAAAAGCCAACGAAACUCGUCCGUUCUCGAAGUGUUUCGAAAAAGAUGGUCGCGACAUUUGUGUCAAAAGCGGGUCAUAUUGCAACAAUUCCUCUUAAUGAGCAAAGAACUGUUACUGCGGAUUGGUAUACCACCAUUUGUUUGUCAAAAGUCAUCACCGAGCUUCGAAAAAUCAACCCCGAAAGAAGAAUCAUCCUCCACCAAGACAAUGCAAGCUGGCACACAGCCCAAAAAACAAGGCAGUAUUUAACGGAAGAAAAUGUGGAAUUAUUGGACCAUCCUCCAUAUAGUCCCGAUCUAAGUCCUAACGAUUUAUUUUACUUUACUUCCCCGAAAAUUAAAAACAGACUGCGUGGUCAAAGGUUCCAGUCACCAGAAGAAGCAUGGAAUAAGUGCUUCGAAAAUUGGAUCGAGCGCAUGCAGAUGCUCAUUUAG